ACAACCUUCAGAGACUUGAACGUGUUUAUCUCCGCACUCUGUUUUUUGUGUCUUUACUUUUGCCGUUAAUUAACCGGUAAGCUAGCUAACCGUUUUAGCCUGUGUGUGUGUGCGGGGUUACCAUGGUGACGCACCGCGGUAGGGGCAGAGGGGCCGGUGAUCAGAACAGCAAGCGGAAGCAGCAGCACAGGCCGGCCAAGAGCUCCGAGUCCCCGCUGCAGGAUCCACUAAAGACGCGGAGCAGGAGCACGGUGACCCGGCCGGAGGAAUCCCCGCUGUCCCAUGAAUCUAAUGCUGAAGACGAACAGAGUCACACUGGUUCAGAAACACCAGAGGACGAAGAAGAUAAACCAGCAAGACGCAUCAUCAGGAAAUCUCAAAGGCUUCAAAACACUGCAGGUAGUGGAUGGAGGAAUGGACUGAGGAGAAGCAACAGACCGAUCUCACUGAUCAGCCGGUAUCAGGCCUCAAACAUGUUCGAUGGCAUCAGCACCAACACAACCGGGUCAGUCCUGAAGAGAAUGGACAACAUAAAAAAGAAGAUGCGGCUUAGUAACAACAAAGAUGGAAUGACCUACUCUAAAGCCCAGAGGAGGAGAACUCCAGUGCCCCCACGGAAAGACCUCAGUGACAGCGAAGAUGAAAACAGUUUUGAUGCCAAGGACAGCGGUCAGGAAGCGGCUACAGAUGACGACAGCAACUGCAGUGCCACCCAGAACUGUGAUACCAAACUGAGCCGAGCCUCAUUGCACAACCAGGGACCUAGCAGCGAGUCCCUGAGAGGAGCGUUGAGGAUCAGCACCUCUGAACCAAACACGACGCCCAGAGCAGCGUACAGACCCACUAACAGUGUGUUGUUAGAUCAGUCUGAUGAAGACACCCACUCUGACGAUGAAGUACACAACCUUGAAAAAGUCCCUGGAAGCUGUUGGCCGCUCAGCCUGCGCACAGAUCAUCGUCUGGGGACCCGCAGAGGCAAGAUGAACACAGGAGCAGGUCUGGCAGACAUUGAUCCAAUGGCCAUUGACCAGUCGGUGGGGUUUGACAGCAUCGGAGGUCUGUCAGGCCACAUCUCAGCUCUGAAGGAGAUGGUCGUCUUCCCGCUUCUCUACCCCGAAGUAUUUGACAACUUCAAGAUUCAGCCUCCCAGAGGUUGUCUGUUUUAUGGACCUCCUGGGACGGGGAAGACACUUGUUGCCAGGGCACUGGCCAACGAGUGUAGCCAUGGCAACAGGAGGGUGGCCUUCUUCAUGAGGAAGGGAGCCGACUGCCUCAGCAAAUGGGUGGGCGAGUCCGAGCGGCAGCUGCGGCUGCUGUUUGAGCAGGCAUGUCAGAUGCGUCCGUCCAUCAUCUUCUUUGACGAGAUCGAUGGCCUGGCUCCGGUCCGAUCAAGCAGACAGGAGCAGAUACACAGUUCCAUUGUGUCGACCCUCCUGGCUCUAAUGGAUGGCUUGGACAGUCGAGGGGAAGUCGUGGUGAUCGGUGCAACAAACCGGCUGGACUCCAUUGACCCAGCACUGCGACGGCCUGGACGCUUCGACAGGGAGUUCCUCUUUGGACUGCCUGACAGAGAGUCUCGUAAAGAGAUUCUGAAAAUUCACACCAGGCAAUGGAAACCCCGUCCGUCUGAGGACUUCCUGGAUGAGCUGGCUGAAAAAUGUGUUGGUUACUGCGGUGCUGACAUCAGGGCAGUGUGCACUGAGGCAGCGCUGUGCGCUUUGCGUCGUCGCUACCCGCAGAUCUAUGCCACUUCGCAGAAACUCCUGCUGGACGUCUCCUCCAUCGAAGUCAGCAGCUGCGACUUUGUGGCAGCCAUGAGGAAGAUGUCACCGGCCUCCCACCGCUCCAUUGCUUCACCCACCAAACCCCUGUCACCUGUGGUUCAGCCGCUGCUGGCUGCCACCCUGCAUGACAUCCUGGAGGCUCUGCAGAGGUUGUUCCCUCACGCUGAGCAGGGGAUGAAGAGGAAAAGGGAGCCAGACCUGACCUCUGGCAUCCUUGACGAUGGCCUAAUGUAUGGAGGAGAUGACGGCCCUGGCACAUCCAGCAUCUCCACACCCGCCACCUCCAAGAGCACAAACUUCCUGCACUUUGCCAGGAGUGCAGUCAAACACCCAACGUCCCACCGUCCCAGGAUGCUUCUUGCGGGUCGUCCUGGUGCCGGUCAAACCUCUCACCUGGCUCCUGCGCUUCUGCACGCUCUGGAGCGCUUCACCGUCCACAGCCUGGACUCUGCUGUGCUGUUUGGAGUCAGCAGCACCUCCCCGGAGGAAGCCUGUGCCCAGGUGUUCUGCGAGGCCAGGCGAACGUCUCCCAGCGUCCUCUACAUGCCACACAUCCAGCAGUGGUGGGAGACUGCGGGGUCCUCUUUAAGAGCCUCCUUCCUCAGCCUGCUGGACAGCAUCCCCUCCCUCUCCCCCAUCCUUCUCCUAGCCACCUGCAGUGUCCCCCAUCAGCAGCUGGACCCAGAGAUUCACUCUCUGUUUCGGGAGGAGUAUGGAGAGGUUUACACCAUCAGUGUCCCCACCGUGCAGGAAAGGACCGACUUCUUCCAGGACCUCAUUCUGAACCAGGCGGCUGAGGCUCCACCCUCAAAGAACAGAGCAUUGACUCAGGCCACGGAGAUCCUCCCGCUGGCUCCCCCGCCUCCCCCCCGCCAGCUGCCUGAGGAGGAACUCCUCCGCCUGGAGGAGGAGGAGGAGGACGUGCUGCGGGAGCUCCGCCACUUCCUGCGUAACAUCACUGAGCGUCUGAUUUUAGACCGACGCUUCAAGACCUUCACCAAACCAGUUGACAUAGUGGAGGUCCCAGACUACAUGCUGGUGGUCGAUGUGCCCAUGGACCUCUCAACACUGCUGACAAACAUCGACCAGGAGAAGUACGUCACUAUCGGCCAGUUCAUGGCAGAUGCAGACCUCAUCUGGCAGAAUGCCCUUGCAUACAACCCUGACAGUGACCCCAUGGACCGCCGCAUCCGUCACUGUGCGUUCACGCUGAGGGACAUGCUGCAUGCCAUCAUCAGAGACGAGCUGGACGAGGACUUUGUGAGAGCCUGUGAGGAGAUCAAAGAGUCGCGCAUCAAGAGAGCUUCCUGUGGGACUGAGGCCUACCUAGAGGAGGCUAAUGGCGUCUUCACCACAAACAGCCCUCGACCUUGCAAGAAAAAACGUUAUAAACAGCCAAAAAAAUCAAAGUGGAGCACCGGUGUCAUUAAGAAAACCAAGAAAAAGAAGCCAACGAGCCCUGCCUCGUCCUCCUCUUCCUACACAUUCAGCAGGGACAGCUCUGAGUCCGGCCUAGAGGAGAACAUGAGAGUGGUGAAUAGCUCAUCGACCUCGUCAGAGAGCAGUGACAGGGAGCACCUGACAGCCAACCUGAAUGGGUUUCACCACAACAUAAACAGUGUCUCGGAUAUCCAAAAUAGAAUGAACGGGUACCACCAUCCUGAGCCUGCAGACAUCGUCCCCACAAGGAGGCUGAGGCUUCAAACCCGGACCUCAAAGAUUCCCCCGAACCUGAAAACGAAGGUGAACGGGGUUCGUUUGAGCAAAAUAGAGAGUAACAGCUGUGAGACAAGAGCCAACAUGGCCGCCUUGAAGCAAAUGCAGCUGUUCAGCAGAGACAGAUGUGAGGAGAUCCUCGACGUAGAAACACCACUGCUGGUCAUCAAUCACAGCAAAUUGAGGGAUCUCCUCAGCAGAGCCGUGACUAAAACAGAGGGCGCUGAGGUGGAGCCGCUAGAGAAGCUCUACGCUCUGCUGGCUCAGUGCAUCUACAGACACCGAAACAACUACAACAAGACACAACUCAUUCAGGAAAUGAAGAAAGAAAUCAACAACUUCUGUUGAUCUCCCACACCAAGUCUAUUUUAAUAAAACCUCAGUGCAUUCAAACAGGGAGUUAUUCACUCGUGUUUUGACGUGUAUCAGUUUACCUCAAUAUUUAUUGUGUAAGAUGUUAUUUAUAGUGGAGUAUUUAUUAAUGAUAGCGAUUUAUAAGAGUUAUCCCUAUGACAGUGCAGUGUUCGUUAAUCAUUACGUAAAACUUGAAUAAAAGUGCUUUUAAGGCUUAAUUAUAA